AAAGAACAAUCCCUGCUCAUUUUCCACCCUCCCCCUCGUAGGGAAAGGAGGGAAAUGCUCCGGGCUUAACRCUCCUCUCUGAAUUGCAGCUCUCUGCUAUGGACAGUGCCAUCACCCUGUGGCAGUUCCUCCUCCAGCUGCUCCAAGAGCCCCAGAACAAGAAUAUCAUCUGCUGGACCUCCAACGACGGCGAGUUCAAGCUGCUGCAGGCAGAAGAGGUGGCCAGGCUCUGGGGGAUCCGCAAGAACAAGCCCAGCAUGAACUAUGAUAAACUCAGCCGGGCGCUGCGCUAUUACUACGUGAAGAACAUCAUUAAGAAGGUGAACGGGAAGAAGUUUGUGUACAAGUUCGUGUCGUACCCGGAGAUCCUCAACAUGGACCCGCUGGUCGUGGGCAGGAUGGAGGGAGAUCCCGAAAUUCCCGGCUUUGGGGACGUCACCGGCGCUUCCAAGGACACGGAAAACUGCGGGAAGGAGAAAUCGCAGACGUGCCCGAAAUCCUCCAGCCGCAACGACUACAUCCACUCAGGCCUGUACUCCUCGUUCACCCUCAACUCCCUCAACUCCUCCAGCGUGAAGCUCUUCAGGUCCAUCAAGAUUGAGAACCCGGCUGAGAAGCUGGCGGAGAARAAACCUCAGGAGCCCACCCCGUCCGUCAUCAAGUUUGUCACCAUGCCCUCCAAAAAGCCGCCCUCGGCCCCGCUGGUCUCCACCACGGCGGCGGUGGCCGUCACCUCCGUGGCUUCCUCCGCGCCCGCCGCCUCCUCCUCGCUGCCCCUGGCGUCCGAGGACACCCUGCAGACCCUGGAGACGCUGGUCCUGCCCAAAAUGCCCGUCCCCGAAGCUCCUCCGGCGCCUCUGGCCAACCUGAGCGCCRGCUUCGCCCCGACCCCGCCCAUGGCGUCGGUGUCACCCGCCCUGCAGGUGCCCUCCACGCCGCCCUCGCCGCCGCUGAGCUCCAACCCCGAGCUGGACAUUGACACGGACAUGGAGUCGGUGGCCUCGCAGCAGCUGGAGCAGGCGCAGAGCCUGCAGCAGCAGCAGCAGCAGCAGCAAUCCCCCGAGCACAAGGAGCAGGAUUCGGCUGGGCUGGAGAAGGAGUUCGCCAAUCACCUGUCCAGGUCCAAAAAACCCAAAGGGCUGGAGCUGGCCCCAACUCUGGUCAUCACGGGCAGCGACCCGAGCCCUCUGGGCAUCCUGAGCCCUUCCCUCCCCACUGCUUCUCUGACUCCAGCACUUUUCUCUCAGACUCCCAUCCUGCUGACUCCCAGCCCUCUGCUCUCCAGCAUCCACUUCUGGAGCACCCUGAGCCCCGUGGCUCCUCUCAGCCCCGCCAGGUUGCAAGGUGCCAACACCCUCUUCCAGUUUCCAUCAGUUCUCAACAGCCACGGCCCCUUUACCCUGUCUGGACUGGACGGCCCCUCCACCCCCGGCCCCUUCUCCCCGGAUCUGCAGAAGACAUAGCACACGGAAUUCCUGAAAAAGGACACAAAARUGGCAAAACGAGGCAAGGAUGGGACAACAUUUCUGCUGAACCACCUUUUCUAAAGCAGAAUCUCUCUGAUACCACAGAGAUUCUCAACCGUCGCAGUCGUUGCCGUUCCCGAAUCAAAAAAAUGCCUUUUUUUUGCAAAAAUUCCCCCAUUUUUUUGAAAGAACCCAGGUCGGGAAUGUAUAUGCAAACGCCUUAAUAGGAGCUGCAGCUCCGGUCUCUUCUCUUCCCACCUUGGUUUGGAAGAUUUUCCCUACGCCCAAAAGGAAUUUUAAGGAGUUUUAAGGAAUUUUAAGGAGUUUUAAGGAAUUUUAAGGAAUUUUUGGGUGGCGUUGCAGCAGCUGAGUCCGCGGCGAGCGGUGACAGAGGAAGCUUUUCUCUGUCUGUGACUCUUAGAAAAAAAAAAACCAAACAAAACCAAACCAAACCCUCUUCUGCUUCCUGUGCUGGGCCAGGAGAAGCCUGAAUCCUGAUGGAAGCUGGCAUUCCAGGAAAUGCUCGGGAAUGGGAACAGGAAUAGGAAUGGGAAUGGGGUUUGUGCUCUCAGCUCUGCCCCAAGGAACUUGACAAAAGCAGCCGGGGCUUUUUCUGCUGGCCUUGUCUUUUAUUUUUUUGUGCAGGGAGAAAUUUUAUUCAAGGAUUUAUUCCGUGCUCGUGUCCGGGACGAUUUUGGAGCGGAGAAGAGGUGGGGCUGGAUUUGGGAUUUUGGAUAUUUCCCUGCCCUCCUUCCCUCCCUGUGAAGGGUGGGAUGAGCUCUUUUCGCUCCUCACCGAGUUUCAAUGCUGGAGUCCAAACAUUUCUUGUGCCAGGGACUUAUCCCAGAGCCUGGGAGCUCCCUGCUGGAUGAGCAGGAUUGGGAGGAUUUUUCUUGGGGUUUUGGSGGGAGGUUGCUGCCUGACCCGGAAUUGCAGAACCCACAGGGUGAGAGCAGCAACAUUAACAUUGCUCCUCUCUCCCCACAGCUCUGGAAAAGCUGGAAAAGCAUUYCUGCUUUUCCCCACRUGGAGAAGCUUCUCUUUUGCCAGCUUUAUCCCAAAUUUUGGCMUGGAGCUGUUGCUUAUUUUUAUUUUUGAAAGGGGCACUGACCCCAAAUCAGGCUGAGGGGUCCCACAGGGCAUGGAAAACUGCUCUGAACCUUUCUGGAAUAAAUGCAGGAUCGCUUUCCAGAGCCAUUGGAGACCAGAUGGAAUUUGCAGGUGGAUUUUUACACCUCAGGAGGCCUUUUUUAAAGAAAACUUGAGGGGUUAAAGGAGCGAGAGCUUCUCCUUGCUCUGGCUGUGGUGGUCUCUGGGUUUAUGGGUAUCUGACGUCAGGCAGCAACUUCUGGGUCGGAAUUGGGGAAUGUCAGAGCAUCUCCUCCAUGAAAUAGUCCCAGAAAACAGCCGGAGACAUCUCUUUCCUUCAGCAUCCUCGGAGCUGCCGCCAGCAGAGGAAGAUUUGCACCUCUCCGGCGCGAGGAGCUGACAGAGUUUGCUGUAAAUACCGCRAUUUUCCACGGACCAGUGGCGAAUUUGAGCUUUUCCAGAG